CUAUGGAUGGAAAAACAUUCUCCUAGGUCAAUUAUUUUUGGUAUUACUUUGACAAGAAACCACUCCCCACAUUAAGUAUUUUUUUAAAGAAGGAAACAGUACUUUUCAUUGAAAUAAUGAAAUGGGAGGAAGAUUGCAAUAAGACAACAAAGAGACAACAAAAACUGAAAAGAUGGCUUCAGAAACGGAAACAAAAGAGACUACCCUAAAACUAAAAUAAACUAAAACCGAGCCAAAACAAACAGAAUACAACUAACAAAAUCAAACAACUGUACAGUAACUCCCAAAAAUUUCCAUAUUAAGUGUUAAUAAAAAGUGGAAGGGAAGACAAGACUUCUGCCUAACUUAAGAUUAUUUAAGUGUAAACAACGCUUCACUAGGGUCAAGCUAUUGGAAUAGCUGUUAUGAAGCAUAUUGGUUUCAACAAUGAACAAAAGUAGUUACCAUAUAUUUUAGUAUUUUUAAGAGGAGAGCAAUCUUGGCAGUUAUGAAGCAUGGCAUACAUCCGAACAUGUCAAUGAAAUAUUUUUUAUAUUUUAUAUUUUACCUUUUUGGUCAUGUGCACAUCUUAAAUGGCGAGCUUUUGUAUCUCAUCUUGAUCCUUCUCACAAUGUUAGAAAGCCAUCCUCACAUAUUGCUAGGUGAAAACUAAUCUAUAAACUAUGAAGUAGGAUAGUAGAGUAAAUGUGUCCAUGUUGAAGGGCAAGGUAAAACUAGGCUGUUUACCUUUUGAUAAUUGAAUACAUCUGUUUCUUAUAAAAAAUAUGUGUCCAUGUUGAAAAGUGAACUAUCUCCAAAGCCACUUUGCACAAGGUAAACAAUUUUUUUGAGGAGGUUUCCAAAGGAAAUCUUCUUGAGAGGAACAGGGAUAUUGAUCUUGGUUGAAGCUACCAAAAAAAACAAAAGAGAGAGAGAGAGAGCAAAGGUUUCUUCCCUUUUAAUCUUCUUGGAACCUGUUGUUGAUGAAGUUCGUGGUUGGUGUAAAUGUUUGUACCAUCCUUCUACAAAUUAUAGACUUGAUGAUCCUCCUGAUGAACUGGCAGGCUUUUUAUAACGUCAGUUGCUUGGGGGCAACUCCAAAAGGUGUUUUAAGAGUGAUGGGGGUACCUGGUCUUACCAUAUAUCAUGUCAAAAGCCAUUUACAGAAGUAUCGACUUGCAAAGUAUUUGCCAGAAUCUCCAGCAGAUGGUUCUAAGGAUGAGAAGAGAAGCUCAGAGAGUCUCUCUGGAACAGAUUCCUCUUCGGGCCUGCAAAUCAACGAGGCAUUGAGGAUGCAAAUGGAGGUUCAGAAACGUCUUCAAGAACAGCUUGAGGUUCAGAGGCAAUUACAAAUGAGAAUAGAAGCCCAGGCAAAAUAUUUGCAGAAGAUAAUCGAGGAGCAGCAGAAACUAGGUGGUGAAUCGAAAGACUCCGAGGUGGUGCCUUCAGCUGAAGAUAAUAAGCAAAAAACUUGCCAGUCUGAGUCGUAUGGUGAUGUGUCUGCAGGACCUUCAUCUCCCCGAAAGAAACAACGCGUUGAUCAUGGAUCAACAGACGAUUCUGCCCCAUCUCCAUCUAUCAAUUUACCUUAACUUAUCUGAAUAAAUCGGCAGUCAAUGGGACCGAAUUGUAUGAAAAGUAACAUUGGGUCGGGUUUGCAUCAGAGC